AUGCGGCCCACUUUAUACUUUCUGUUGCUCAAGUUGUGCCUCAUUUGUGGACUCAUUGUUCCAAUCCAAGCCAUACAUGAAGAUGAGCAGGGGUUACGUGACUGGAUUUUGCGCUUUGUCGGCCAGGUGGAGGGCGCCGCACUGCAUCCUAAGCUGAAACUUAACAACGUGUACAUAAGGUCUGCUCAGGGGGCGGUUGCCGCACUUUCCCUUGACAGCGGAGAGUUACUGUGGAGGAAAGUUUUUAGCGAACCACGUGUGUGCAUUGGAGUAACUGGCGGCUCUGUCUUUGUCUCCUCCCGGUCAGGAGCAGUGCACGUUCUUAACGCAGGGACUGGAGCAGUAGAAACCACUUUCAAAUUGCUCUUGCCAGCCGGCGCAGACGUGGAGUCGUGUAAAAGCAUCACAAAUAGUAAGGCGAGAUUUGCCGCCUUCGACGGUAAAAACGCACAUAUCUUCGAGUUAGAUAUGAAUUCUGAUGACGAAGAAGUUAAGACUCUCGGUCAAUUUCCCAUUGGGGAGGACGUGAAGGGCCUACGCCUUAGCGACGCUCACCUUUGGGUGGUGCGACGGUUAUCUGCCGAUCGCUACUCCCUUAAGGGUGCGGUCGAAAUUACAGGCGUUGAUGCUGUGGGUGGUAUUGACGUUACCUCUUCGGCCGAGGCAGUUGCAUAUUCUUCACACAAGGUAACACUUGUAAGACAUGGCCCUCAACGCGAGACAAACGGCGCUGUGGAACAGGAAGUAAUUGACUGUAGUGGUUGUGCUGCGUCGGUUAUGACAAACCCGGCUGGCGUGUUUCAGGGAUACGUAAUCGGCCAGGCGGAUCCCAACGGUUUCAUGGUUAAGUUCCCUGCUAAGAGUAUUCACGUUCCUUUAAAGGGCGGGACAAAAGGUGCUCCCGCUAUACUUCUUGCUGUGCAGGGCGAUGGAGACGGCGCAUGGGCUCUCGUUCGCGCACCCAAUGACCAUCUUGUUGUGGUGCGAGAGAACGGAGGGGUGAAGUGGGAACGGUGGGAAGGCCUUUCAAGACUCGCGGCGGUAGUUGUACUUGACAGUUCAUCGAAGGAAGAUCGGUUUGGUUUGUCAAAAGAAGCCUUGGGAAUUUCUACACGUGGCGUAGUAUAUAUGAUUCCUCUGGCAGAAAUGGGAAGUAACAUGAAGGUGCUUGUCGAUGUAUCUAAAACUGUGCUGGAGAUGACAACCGCCGCUUCCGUGGAGAAUAUAGCGUUCGAAAAAUUAGAGGUAUCCGGAGCGGAUACUGCUACUUUAUUCGCUUCUUUUGGUGUGGUUAAGAUUCGGGUAAUUUUAAAUGUCGUCACCGGUGCUGUGGUAGAGGCAACAAAGCACGAAGACUCACUGAUUGUUGCACCUACAUUUGACGUCAAGCGUUCGCUUGCGGUGAACGGAAAAAUCCCCCAUUCCAAGUUGCACGUAUUCAGUUUGAAUAUGACAACGGGAACCAUCAAGGGUUAUCUAGCCUCAUCAUCUCCGUCUGUGACGCCACUCUGGACCGUGCAACUGCCAUUUCCCAUUAUUGCCGUUGCUACGGGUGAGGAUGCACUCCGCACUUCAUUGGUGAAUAAUAUUCGUGUGUUUCCGAAUAAAAGCAGUGGUAUGGAGGAGGUACGUCGCAAGUUUCCAACGCGCAACGUCCUCGCAGUGGCGUACUACGAGCCCGUUGACGACGAGAUGCCAACUCUUGUUGUAACAGCUGUCGAUGUUGUCACAGGAAGCGUUCUUGCGUCCAUGCGUCAUCGAAAUGUAGAAGGACCGGUGCAUAUCCUCAUUGUGGAGCACGCUGUGCUUUACCACUUUAUGGAUGUGGAAAAGAUGCGCCAUUCCCUUGGCGUGUGGGAGAUGUUUGAAACCGAGGUUGGCCCAGUACUUUUCAAGGAUACGGGUGCCACACCACCUCAGGUGAUCUCAUCGUUUUUCUCCCGGCACAAGCGCGUAUUCAGUUCCCGUGCUACAUGGCCACCUGUUGUGGUAGGAUCUGUGCUCGGUAUGCACGGCGGUGGGGUUGCCAAAAUGAGCGUCACGACGUCCUUCGGCGCCAUCGCACGAAAAAGUCUUCUGUUUGUGUUUACGUCCGGGAGGGUUGCCUCCGUGGGGCUUAACCGUCUACUUGCUGGUGGGCAGGUUUCCUUAGGUGACGGCGCCGGGCAGUUAACACAUGUGAUCAUUCCGAGCACUGCUAUAGUUACCCACAGGUAUCGAGCGGCACGUCCCACUCUAAUUGCAACGCGACCAACAAAUCUUGAAAGCUCCUGCCAUGUACUCGUUUCAGGUAUGGACCUCUUUUACGUGCGCACCUCUUCUGGAAAGGAGUUUGACCUCCUUAACAGUGAUUUCAACAAGACUCUGCUGAUAGCUCUUACAUGCAGCUUUGGUGUCCUUUCCCUUGUGGCACGCUACUUUGCCAUGCGUAAAGGUGUGAGACAACUGUGGCGAUAA